GAAGACACCAUGGCAGGAAAUAGCCUAGUUCUACCCAUCGUUCUUUGGGGUCGCAAAGCACCAACACACUGUAUUUCAGCAGUUCUUUUAACAGAUGAUGGGACCACCAUUGUCACUGGAUGCCACGAUGGACAAAUAUGUCUUUGGGACCUUUCGAUAGAACUGGAAGUGAAUCCCCGAGCGCUGUUGUUUGGCCAUACCGCUUCCAUCACCUGCCUGUCUAAAGCUUGUGCCGCCAGUGAGAAGCAAUACAUUGUGAGUGCGUCUGAAAGCGGAGAGAUGUGCCUCUGGGAUGUGAAUGAUGGCAGAUGUAUUGAAUUUACAAAGUUAGCUUGCACACAUACUGGCAUACAGUUCUACCAAUUCUCUGUUGGAAAUCAGCGGGAAGGGAGGCUCUUAUGCCACGGACAUUACCCUGAGAUCCUCGUUGUGGAUGCCACCAGCCUGGAGGUGUUAUACUCCCUGGUAUCAAAGAUAUCGCCAGACUGGAUUAGCUCCAUGAGCGUAAUUCGAUCUCACCGGACACAAGAGGACACUGUGGUUGCACUCUCGGUGACAGGCAUCUUGAAGGUGUGGAUCGUCACCUCCGAAGUCAGCGGUUUGCAGGACACUGAGCCAAUAUUUGAGGAAGAAUCCAAACCAAUUUAUUGUCAGAAUUGCCAAAGCAUCUCUUUCUGUGCAUUCACACAAAGAUCACUUUUGGUUGUGUGCUCCAAAUACUGGAGGGUAUUUGAUGCUGGAGAUUAUUCCCUGCUGUGCUCAGGUCCCAGUGAGGAUGGGCAGGCCUGGACCGGAGGAGAUUUUGUCUCAGCAGAUAAAGUCAUCAUUUGGACUGAAAAUGGACAAAGUUAUAUUUAUAAACUACCUGCCAGUUGCCUUCCAGCUAGCGAUUCCUUCCGCAGUGAUGUGGGGAAAGCAGUCGAGAAUUUAAUUCCUCCUGUACAGCACAGCUUCCUGGAUCGAACUGAUAAAGAGUUACUAAUUUGUCCUCCUGUUACUCGAUUCUUCUAUGGAUGUAAGGAAUACUUUCAUAAACUAUUAAUUCAGGGUGAUUCUUCUGGAAGACUGAAUAUUUGGAAUAUAUCAGACACACUUGAGAAACAGGAAGGUGAGGAAGAAAUGGAGAUUACAACUUCUGUUAGUUUGCAAGAGGCGUUUGAUAAACUGAAGCCUUGCCCUGCUGGAAUUAUAGAUCAGCUCAGCGUCCUUUCCAGUAGCAGUGAACCUCUUCAAGUAACCGCAAGUGUGUACAUCCCAGCACACGGGCGACUGGUGUGUGGGCGUGAAGAUGGAAGCAUCAUUAUCGUGCCUGCCACACAGACGGCCAUUGUGCAGCUGCUCCAAGGGGAACACAUGCUCAGAAGAGGCUGGCCACCUCACAGAACACUCCGAGGUCAUCGGAACAAAGUCACGUGUUUGCUGUACCCUCAUCAAGUCUCAGCACGUUAUGACCAACGCUAUCUCAUUUCUGGCGGUGUGGACUUCUCCGUCAUCAUCUGGGACAUCUUUUCUGGAGAAAUGAAACACAUCUUCUGUGUGCACGGUGGCGAGAUCACUCAACUUCUCGUUCCACCUGAAAGCUGUAGUGCACGAGUGCAGCACUGCAUCUGUUCGGUAGCCAGUGACCACUCAGUAGGACUUCUAAGUCUGCGAGAGAAAAAAUGCAUUAUGCUGGCGUCUCGUCACCUUUUCCCUAUCCACGUCAUCAAAUGGAGGCCUUCUGACGAUUACCUGGUAGUGGGGUGCUCCGACGGCUCGGUGUACGUCUGGCAGAUGGAUACUGGUGCCUUGGAUCGUUGUGUAAUGGGGAUAACGGCAGUGGAGAUUCUGAAUGCAUGUGACGAAACCGUCCCUGCUGCGGUUGAUUCACUCAGCCAUCCAGCAGUUAACCUCAAACAAGCUAUGACAAGGCGUAGUCUUGCCGCCCUUAAAAAUAUGGCCCAUCACAAGCUGCAAACCCUUGCCACUAACCUCUUGGCUUCGGAGGCAUCUGACAAAGGGAAUUUACCUAAAUAUUCUCAUAACUCCCUGAUGGUUCAAGCAAUAAAGACAAACCUAACAGACCCAGACAUCCAUGUGCUCUUCUUUGACGUGGAAGCGUUGAUUAUUCAGCUCCUGACGGAAGAAGCCUCUCGGCCGAACACUACACUUAUUUCCCCAGAGAAUCUGCACAAAGCACCUGGCAGUGCCGACAAAGGAGGCUCCUUUCUCACUGGAAAACGAGCAGCCGUCCUCUUCCAACAAGUGAAAGAAACGAUCAAAGAGAACAUCAAGGAGCACCUCCUUGAUGAUGAAGAGGAUGAUGAGGAGCUAAUGAGGCAGCGAAGGGGAGAAAGUGACCCUGAGUAUCGGGCCAGCAGGUCAAAGCCGCUGACCCUUUUAGAGUCUAACUUGACUAUGGACACAGCUAAACUCUUCAUGUCCUGCCUUCAUGCCUGGGGUCUGAAUGAGGUUCUGGAUGACAUCUGUCUGGGCCGCCUGGGGAUGCUGAAGCCCCAUUGCACAGUCUCAUUCGGGCUCCUGUCCCGAGGAGGCCACAUGUCCCUGAUGCUACCUGGUCAGAGUCAGGCUGCCGGUAGCCUGGCGCCCGGGAAAGCAGACAUAGGAAGGAAGCUGCUAGCCGCUGACGGAGUAGGAAAGGGGACUUACGGAGUGUCCCGAGCUGUCACCACUCAGCACCUCCUGUCUGUCAUCUCGCUGGCAAACACCUUAAUGAGUAUGACCAAUGCCACCUUUAUUGGGGAUCACAUGAAGAAGGGCCCCACCAGGCCACCUAGACCAAGCACCCCAGACCUUUCUAAGGCAAGGGGCUCCCCUUCAGCUUCCAGUAAUAUUGUACAAGGGCAGAUUAAACAAGUUGCUGCUCCUGUCGUUUCCGCUCGGUCUGACGCAGAUCCCUCUGGCUCUGACCCCGCUUCCGCUGCUUUACAUUCCUGUUUCUUAGUAAAUGAAGGAUGGAGUCAGUUGGCUGCGAUGCAUUGUGUUAUGCUGCCAGACCUUCUGGGAUUGGAGAAAUUUAGACCUCCACUUCUCGAGAUGCUGGCUCGGAGAUGGCAGGAUCGAUGCUUAGAGGUCAGAGAAGCUGCUCAGGCCCUACUUCUCGCAGAACUGAGGAGAAUUGAGCAGGCCGGACGGAAGGAAACCAUCGAUGCUUGGGCUCCUUAUUUACCUCAGUACAUGGACCAUGUCAUAUCACCUGGAGUCACAGCAGAAGCCGUUCCGAAUGUCACUCCUGCUCCCGACGUGUCAGGGACAGAAACCAAAGUCCAGGAGGAAGAGCAUGACCUUGUUGAUGAUGAUAUCACGACUGGUUGCCUGUCAAGUGUCCCGCAAAUGAAAAAAAUUUCCACAUCUUAUGAGGAAAGGCGGAAGCAAGCUACUGCUAUUGUUUUACUGGGAGUGAUAGGUGCUGAAUUUGGUGCUGAAAUUGAACCUCCCAAGCUGCUGACCAGACCUCGAAGCUCUAGUCAAAUUCCGGAGGGAUUUGGCUUGACUAGUGGUGGAUCCAACUACUCACUGGCCAGACAUACUUGUAAGGCGUUGACAUUUCUUCUGCUUCAGCCCCCGAGCCCCAAGCUCCCUCCACACAGCACAAUCCGAAGGACAGCCAUUGAUCUGAUUGGACGUGGCUUCACAGUUUGGGAGCCUUACAUGGAUGUGUCAGCUGUUCUGAUGGGCCUUCUCGAACUGUGUGCAGAUGCUGAGAAACAGCUUGCCAACAUCACAAUGGGGCUGCCUCUGAGCCCAGCAGCUGACUCCGCCCGCUCUGCAAGGCAUGCCCUCUCCCUCAUUGCCACUGCCAGACCCCCUGCCUUCAUCACUACCAUAGCCAAAGAGGUGCACAGACAUACUGCUCUUGCAGCAAACGCCCAAUCACAGCAGAGUAUUCACACCACAACUCUGGCUCGUGCUAAAGGGGAGAUUCUCCGAGUCAUUGAAAUUCUCAUCGAAAAGAUGCCCGCAGACGUGGUGGAUCUUCUUGUGGAGGUCAUGGACAUCAUCAUGUACUGCCUGGAAGGAUCUUUGGUUAAAAAGAAAGGUCUUCAAGAGUGUUUCCCGGCCAUCUGCAGGUUCUACAUGGUCAGCUAUUAUGAGCGGAAUCACAGAAUAGCAGUUGGAGCUCGCCAUGGUUCAGUGGCCCUGUACGACAUCCGGACUGGAAAAUGUCAGACAAUCCAUGGACACAAGGGACCCAUCACUGCAGUGGCUUUUGCUCCUGAUGGACGAUAUCUGGCCACCUAUUCCAAUGCUGACAGCCACAUUUCUUUCUGGCAGAUGAACACCUCGCUCCUGGGAAGCAUUGGCAUGCUGAAUUCGGCCCCGCAGCUGCGCUGUAUCAAAACCUACCAGGUGCCCCCGGUGCAACCUGCCUCCCCGGGCUCCCACAAUGCCCUCCGACUGGCCCGCCUCAUCUGGACUUCCAACCGCAACGUCAUCCUCAUGGCGCAUGACGGCAAGGAGCACCGCUUCGUGGUCUGA